AUGGUAAAGAAAAAUGAUUAGAAUGCACCUGAAGUGGAUUAGAGUAAAAAGUCCUUACUAGCUACAGACAAAUACGGAUUAAAUAAUAGUGCAGAUCAUUACUCCAAUGAGAUUAAUAAAUAAGAUUUCAAGAUACUCAAGGUGAUCGGAAGAGGUUCGUUUGGGAAGGUAUAUCUUGUGCAGAAGAAAGAUACUGAAAAGCUUUAUGCUAUGAAGACUCUGAAGAAAGAUGUUACAAUAUAGUCUUCUACGUAUUAAAGCACAAAAGCUGAAAGAGAGAUAUUAGAGAAAAUUAAUCAUCCCUUUAUUGUGAAACUUCACUUUGCCUUCUAGACACCUUAGAAGCUAUACUUUAUAAUGGACUUUUUAAAUGGAGGAGAGCUAUUUUAUCAUCUGAAAAGAGAGGGUAGAUUUACUGAGUAAAGAACUGUCUUUUAUGCAGCCGAAAUACUUUUAGCCUUGGAGUGUUUACAUAAAAAUGGAAUAAUUUAUCGUGAUUUAAAACCAGAGAAUGUCCUACUUGACUCAGAGGGUCAUAUUAAGCUGACUGAUUUCGGCUUGAGUAAACAAGGGGUCAUUGGAAAUCGAAAUACUUAUACUUUUUGUGGAACUCCAGAGUAUCUGGCACCUGAGAUUGUCAAAGGAAAAGGGCAUAACAAAGCUGUUGAUUGGUGGAGUUUGGGUCUUAUGAUAUAUGAAAUGCUAUCAGGUAUAAACCCAUUUAAAGUAAGAAACAAGAACAAGUUUGAGAAACUACAGAUGAUAUUGGAGGAUAGUAUUGAUAUGCAACCGCAAUUUUCUGAAGAUGCUUGUUCCCUAAUACAAGGAUUAUUAACCAAAAAGCCGAAAGAUAGAUUAGGCUAUAAUGGCAGUGAUGAGAUAAAAGAGCAUCCAUUCUUCUCAGGUGUUGAUUGGAAUAAAAUGCUGAGAAAAGUUAUAGAACCGCCUUAUAAGCCAAGAAUUCAGGGUGAUUAUGAUCUCAGCAAUAUUGAUAGGGUGUUCACUCGAGAACCAGCCUAAGAAACACCUGAAGAGUACAAUAAUAAGUACUUAAAGGACGUUAAAUUUGAAAACUUUACCUACGUUCAAGAGAGUAACCUUAAUACAUCGUUCAAUUGA